AGUAGGUGAACAUUCUCAAGGUCACUUUAACAUCGCUCAAAGGUCAUCCGUAAAUUAUAGUCUCAGCGGAUUUAGUUUUCAAACGGUCUAAUACCGAUUGUCCAUAUUUCUAUGAGACGGCUUGUUGAUAUCGGUGCUAAUCUUACUGACAAAGUCUUCAUGGGCGUAUACCGUGGCGUACUCCAGCAUAAAAAUGAUUAUCAUAAUGUUUUAUGUCGAGCCAGAAAAUGUGGUGUGGAAAAAAUAAUUAUAACUGGAGGGUCACUCACUGAUAGUGCUGAGGCUAUAUCCCUAUGUGAAUCUGAUAAGGACCUCUUUUGUACAGUUGGAUGCCAUCCUACAAGAUGUUUGGAGUUUCACGAGGAUCCAGAUAACUACCUGAAUAAACUGGAAAACCUAAUUCUGACGACGAAAAAGGUAGUAGCUGUAGGUGAAUGUGGUCUCGAUUAUGACCGUGAAGAGUUUUGCCCAAAAGAUAUCCAGAAAGAAUAUUUUGACAUUCAACUUAAGUUGGCUAGUGAUGUUAAAUUACCUCUGUUUUUGCAUUGUCGAGCUGCACAUGAAGACUUUCUAAUAAUGAUCAAAAAUGCUAAGCAUAAAUAUUUUCAAGACAAGCCUUUCCGAGGUGUUGUACACUCAUUUGAUGGAACAGACGACAUGGUCAAAUGUUUCACUGAUAUGGGAUUGUAUAUUGGUGUCAACGGUUGCAGUCUGAAGAACCAAAGUAAUUUGGAAGUAAGAUGUUAAAAUAUGUAUCACAAAAAACUUCAUUUGCAUACUAUUGCUAUGUACGUACAUUUUAUUUCUGACGGUGAUCAGUAGUUUUUACUCCGCUUACUCUACAACUACCCACCAUUCUCAAACAGCCUGAAUGGAAAAUUAAAGUAGGCCCCCUGACUCUAAAUGAAGUACAAAACGCCAUAGCUAAUCUGAAACGAGGAAGGGCAGUUGGUCCAGAUGGAUUGGCUCCAGAGGUCUUUAAUCAUGGUGGCCUAGUUUUAGCGAUUAUGUUGACUAGUAUUUUAGCUAAAAUCUAGGGGUUGGGCGUAAUCCCAUCCCAUAUAAGAAGGGGUCAAAAUCAUCCUGUGAUAACCAUAGAUAGAUUAGUUUGACUAAUAUAGUAUCUAAAAUACUAGCCUCGAUAAUUUUCGGACGCCUCACUAAGACUCGUGAACUGCAAACACGUGAAAAUCAGGCUGGCUUCAGACCUGGUCGUGGCUUCAUCGACCACAUAUUCACCAUUCGUCAGAUUCUAGAACACAGGCAUACUUAUCGGCGUCCGACAAUGGUAGUCUUCCUUGACUUGAAAGCAGCAUUUGACUCUGUAGGCCGAGAGGUUCUGUGGCAGUGUCUGUCAUUGAAAGGCGUACCUCAGAAGUACAUAAACCUUGUGAAGGCUCUUUGCUCGAACGCUACUAAUCGAGUGAGAGCUUAUCGAGAGCUGUCAUCUGGCUUUGCAGCAUCAAUUGGUGUCCGUCAAGGCUGUUUACUUUCUCCAUUUUUGUUUAACUUCAUCAUCGGGCAUUGAUCUCCUACCAGGAGGUCCACUUAUCGACUUAGAAUACGCAGAUGACAUAGUCCUGUUUGGUGAAGACGCUGAUGAAAUGCAGAGUCUUUUGGUGGCACUGAGCAACAAUGCCAGAAUGUUCGGGAUGCGCUUCUCUUCACCUAAAUGCAAGUUGUUGCUUCAGGACUGGUCUGCGCCAACACCUGAACUAAGGAUUGGGAGUGAAGUAAUCGAACGCGUUGACAACUUCACCUAACUUGAAAGUCGCCUCCAAAUGCCCUGGUACGGCCGAGAGUGGAGAGAGUUCGCUCACCUCAUCUAAAUGCUCUCAAAUGGCCACGCGUAUAUAGUCUCUGCCAGAGAAGUCCUACUCACUGCCUUCUCGUGGUGGGGGUGUUGUUUACGAAAUUGAGAGGACGAAGAGCGAAUGUUGGUGGACAUGGAGUGUCCAUCUAGGGGAGUUGGAAAACUCUGAUUCCAAACCAAUGGUGCACAUGGGUUCCAGUAUCCUGAGGGAAUAAAUGGCGUACGAACCAAUCGUUGGUCACCGGCUACCGUGGUACUGCAUAUGUAUUUGGUGCCUCCUUGUACCAAUAUCUAUGUGUUCAAAUAAUAAUAAUAAUCUUGACAGUCGGAUCAACCCUAAUGGGUUGGUGUCUAACGAAAUCUCAGCACGGAUUCGAAGAGCUCGUUUGGCUUUCGCCAACUUACGUCACCUAUGGCGAAGGCGAGAUAUCCGUCUACCAAUUAAGGGACGAGUAUACUGCACGGCAGUUCGUUCUGUUCUAUUUUUCGGGUGUGAAACGUGGUCAUAAAGAGUAGAAGAUACUCUUAGAUUACUAGUAUUUGAUCACAGAUGUCUUAGAAAUAUUGCCAGCAUCUGAUGGGGUUACCAGAUAAGUAAUAGUGAAGUUAGACGCAAGGUACUAGGGAAUGAUGGUAAAUCAGUUGAUGAGGUUGUGAAUCUUCAUCUACUGAGAUGGCUAGUUCAUGUGUUACGUAUGCCUGAACAAUUACAACGCACAAUGCUGACUAGUGUUGUAGAUAGUUGGAAGAAAGUUAGGGGUGGCCUAACCAAAACGUGGCAUCAGUGCUUGAAGUCACUAACUUCUGGUCUGAGCCAUGUUGGUAGGUGCAGACUGCUUGGUUGGAGUCUGCACGACUAUCGUAACCAGUGGUCGGAGACUCUUGGUGACAUGGAUCAGAAUCGAUCACAAUGGCGUAGGUGUAUACACUCUUUGUCUUCCGUUCAACUGUGAGAUUAAAAUUGCUUUAUACCUUUCUUUCUACGAACUAAUUCUUUCUUCCUGUACUAUACCCUUAUAUACAAUCCUUUUAUAUAUUACAAUCAUUGAAGGAACUACUGUAUAUUUGGUGUUCAUCUUGUUGUGCUAAUGAGGUGUGGCAAGUUGAACCGAUGCAUAUAUGUGCCUUGUCCUACUUUGUAGCUGACUGACUUACCAAACAGUAUUUAUAGGAUAAGCCAUGUAUUACCGAACUCUGGAGCCUCCUACCCGUCCUUUUUUGAUGACUUAGUUACUGUAGAUGUUUAUUUUUAGGAUAUUUACUUAAUUAAUAUUAGAUCGUUCAUUUUUUACUGUCGCAAAUCAGUUUAUCAAUGUCUCAAAAUUAAACUCUAUUGUUCUAUAAGAUUGUUUUAAGUUUUAAUUUUAAUCUGUUCGUAGCCGAUUAAAAGCCACAAAAUAAAAUAAACUCAAUUCUGCCAACAAUCGAUCGCACUAAUAUUUUUCACUCUUAAUGGUUGAUGAAUAUAAGGCAUCCUUUACUUCAUAAGCUUAAUUACAGUCACGUGUUAGGCGCCGUCAGUAGUUAGUAAUAUCAUAUUUUUUAAAGGAACUGUAUGAUUGACAUGCUUACUACAAAACCGUCUAACUUUAAAACGAACUAAGUGGUUUCAAGGUUAUACUCUGCCUAUGAAUCUCUGACAAGACUGUUCUGAAAGGUCCCUUACUUUCCAGUAACCUAACAAACAAUAAAAUGCUAACUAUCUUCCAGUUGGUGAAACUAACAGCUUUUACCAGUAACCUACUACUGUCUUCAUAGUUACGUUUUUCAGAUGAAUUGGAUGUGACUUCUUCAGCGAUGUUUUAUACUUUUAUUUCCAAGUGACGUAAGCCACCAAAAAGGUACUGAUAAAACCUAAUGCUUAGAGAGGAAUGAGUAACAUUAUUUAUAGACGCUAGCAAUAGUAAUCGAGUAUAUUUCAAUUUUUUCUCUUUGCAGGUCGUGCAAAAAAUCCCACUCGAUCGGCUGUUAUUAGAAACAGACGCUCCUUGGUGUGAUAUUAGAAGAACUCAUGCAGGAUAUAAUUUUGUUAAGACACACCACACUUAUCGCAAGCACAAUUCAUGGGAUGAAUCCUACAUGGUCAAAGGACGCAAUGAACCCGCUAACCUUGUCCAAGUUCUAGAAGUUGUUUCUGCUGUGAAAGGAGUAAGCGAGGAAGAACUAGCUGAAAUAACAUAUCAAAACUCAAUUGAUUUAUUUUCGUUGCCAAUAUAAAGCUUUGUAAAAAUUAAAUUUUUAGUAAGAGCCAUUUUUGAUGGACUUCAGCAUUUUUAGGUAUGCGCCAAACGUUGCUGCGCGUUUCUAGGUCGCUAAAAGUACUUACAUAUUUGUGUCAGCGCUGAU